AUGACCUUUUCCGUCCUGGACCAAUUAUGCUGGCCCCUGGCGAAUAUGCAGGUUAAGCAAAAGCAGCGAGGAGCAAAGAGGAUCUUGCUGCCUAGUGUGGUAGGGCAAGAGGGAGGGAAGUGGAUUGUUAUUGACUCUGGUAAGCUGAUUGUUCAUGCUGUUGAUGAGAAAGCAAGAGCUUAUUACAACUUUGAGGGGCUCUGGACUGCAAAACCAUCAAACAUAGAGGACAAUCAGGAUUUGGACAAGGCCUUUGUCAAGGUUUGCCCCAAGAAUAACUCCAAGAAACGUCCACAAGUGCAUGCAUAGUUAAGUGUUGUACUUUCGGGACAGAUGGUGCCAGUUUUCGUAUCUCUUGCCUUCGAGCACACAACACGAACAUCUAGUGGAUAUGAUAGAAUGAAUCAUAAAUCUCAAGUUCAGUUUGAUGCAUUAUACAUAUCCUUCAUUUGCUUUCUUCAAUUUUCAACAUUGUACUAUCAAGCAAAGUAAACAAGGGUUAAGUGUUUAUUUUCGCUAGUGGCUGCGAAAUGCAACUUGUACAGUCUGCUCAUUUGAGAACAUGUUGUAUGUGAAGACCAUAAGAUUUAGAGUA